CCGGGCACCCGCCCCCGGGGCGGUUCAGGGCGGGCGCGGUGGGGCAGUGAGGCGAAGGCAGCGCGGCGGCGGGAGCGGGGCGGUGGCAGGCGGCGGGCCGGCCAUGGUGGGCCUCAAGGAGGAGCUGCUGAAGUCCAUCUGGCACGCCUUCACCGCGCUGGACCUCGACCGCAGCGGGAAGGUCUCCAAGUCCCAGUUAAAGGUGCUUUCUCACAACCUGUGCACAGUGUUAAAUGUUCCCCACGAUCCGGUGGCCUUGGAAGAGCACUUCAGGGAUGAUGAUGAAGGGCCAGUUUCCAAUCAGGGAUACAUGCCUUAUCUAAACAAAUUCAUCUUGGAAAAGGUUCAAGGAAACUUUGAUAAAGUUGAAUUCAACAGGAUGUGCUGGACUCUCUGUGCUAAAAAGAACCUCUCAAAAAGUCCUUUGUUGAUUAGUGAUGAAGAUGCAUUUAAAGUGUGGGUUAUUUUUAACUUCUUAUCAGAGGACAAAUACCCUUUAAUCAUUGUACCCGAGGAGAUUGAAUAUUUACUUAAAAAACUCACUGAGGCAAUGGGAGCAGGCUGGCAGCAAGAGCAGUUUGACCAUUACAAGAUUGCUCUGAACACCAGUCGGGAAGGGCUGUCUGCGUGGGACCUCAUUGAUCUCAUUGGGAGUGGGCAGUUUAGUAAAGGGAUGGACCGACAGACAGUGUCCAUGGCAAUCAAUGAAGUCUUUAAUGAGCUGAUACUGGAUGUACUCAAGCAGGGCUAUAUGUUGAAAAAAGGUCAUAAAAGGAAAAAUUGGACAGAACGAUGGUUUGUGCUAAAACCCAAUAUUAUUUCCUACUAUGUAAGUGAAGAUUUAAAGGACAAGAAGGGAGACAUCAUAUUGGAUGGCAACUGUUGUGUAGAGGCCUUGCCUGACAAAGAUGGAAAGAAGUGUCUUUUUCUCAUAAAGUGUCUUGAUAAAAGCUUUGAGAUCAGUGCCUCUGAUAAAAAGAAGAAGCAGGAGUGGAUUCAAGCCAUACAGACAACUGUAAACCUGCUGAAGGCAGGGAGCCCCCCACCCCACAAAGAGGCACGGCAAAAACGAAAAGAAUUGCGCCAGAAACUCUUGGCUGAGCAGGAAGAGCUGGAGCGGCAGAUGAAAGAACUGCAAAUGGCCAACGAGAACAAGCAGAGGGAGCUGGAGACCGUACGAAAGCAACUGGAGGCAGCAGCUGCUCGUGCUGCUGAGGAAGAGAAGAAAAGACUUCAGACUCAAGUCGAAUUACAAGAUCGCUUCAGUUUGGAGCUGGAGAGAGAAAAAAUGGUAAGACAAAAAAUGGAAGAGCAGGUUGCUCAGAAAUCAUCUGAGCUGGAGCAGUAUUUACAGAGAGUACGUGAACUGGAAGAAAUGUAUAAACAGCUACAGGAAGCUUUGGAGGAUGAGAAACAGGCACGUCAAGAUGAAGAGACUGUAAGGAAACUUCAAGCCAGAUUACUGGAAGAGGAGUCAGCAAAGAGAGCUGAACUGGAAAAAUGGCACUUGGAACAGCAACAGACCAUUCAGAUGACAGAAGCAGAGAAGCAAGAGCUAGAAAAUCAGAGAAUGAUAAAAGAACAGGCUCUUCAGGUUGCUAUGCAGCAACUGGAACAACUUGAACUGGAAAGGAAGGAGGCCCUUGAGCAAUAUGAGGAAGUUAAGAAGAAGUUGGAAAUGGCAGCUAAUAACACCAAGAGUUGGAAAGAUAAAGUAGCUCAUCAUGAAGGGUUAAUUCGAUUAAUAGAGCCAGGCUCCAAGAAUCCUCACCUAAUCACAAACUGGGGCCCAGCUGCCUUCACUGAAGCUGAACUCGAGCAAAGAGAAAAGAACUGGAAAGGGAAAAAAGCCACUUCGGAGUAAGAAGGGGAGGUGAGGUUAUCACUGGUGGACAGGAGCCUUUGUUCUGCUUUGCACAGAGCAGCUUCUUGCUUAUAAAGAUCUUGGUUUGCUCAGCAGGUUGGGCCUUUCUGCAGAGGAAAUACUGUUCACCACACAGAAGUGUCUACUCAGAGAUCAGUAAUUAAAAUAUGUGGUGCCUGACAGUACUUUCUGUUUUCCCUCAUGUUUCCAGAAAUUCUGUUCUUUUAUACAAAACUUUUCAGCUGAAGACUUUUUUUAAAAUGUAGCUUGUGAAAGAGCUGUUUCUAAACUAGCCUGCAACAAUCUGACACCAUCUAACCAAUCAGGCAGUGUCACCUUCCUUCCAAAAAAGUGAGGGAAGGUUUAAUUGGUUCAGUUAGUAUAAUUUAAACCCAGGAAAAUGAGUCCUGGAGGCUCUGUCCAACUCUGAUAGAGCAUUUCCUUUCCUUCCACUGAGUCUCUUUUUGUCUUUGCUCUGUCUGCCUGUUGCUUUUUGCACUGUGCUUAGAGCUCAAACAGUUUCCUCCUCAGUGAGGGCAGGCUGGCAUCACUGGGUACCUUCUGGCUGGUCAGUUGUGUGUCCUGUUUUCCUGUUUGCAGGAAUCCAAACAAAAAAACUGGAAAUAGACAAUAGACAAAAUGCUGCUGUAAAACAUUUGGGAAAUGUAGUCACAAAGGAUUGCUCUUCUACUGUCUCAUAUUUCAGAUGUGCUAAAAAAAAAACCCCUUGAGAGUUCACUUCAUUGUUCAAAAGAUGCAGAGUUUUGACUUCCAGAUUUGUGGAGCAGAUGAGUGGAAGAUGACAGCACGUACAGGCCAAAUGUCUGCAGCAAGGCGAUGUUUGUGCAAGAAAUCUGAUCAUAACAUAUUGCCAUUUUAGGUUCAGCACUUUUGUCUUAUUCUUAAUGAGGCCAGAUUAAAAAAAAUGCAACAAGAAAACUAAAUUUGAUUUUUUUAGAUAUAAAUUAUAAAUGUGUAGCAAUUGUGCUGUAGAAAAAAAAUAAUUUCCAUCAUUAAAAUAAUUUUUUCAGUGUUUCUAGUGACAAAGAACCUACUUCUCAGCAUCAGAAGUUUUUCCGGGGACAAAGCCAAUUAUUUUUCUUUCCAUAGGGAAAAGAUGUUGCUUUGUAGAUGUCCCACAGGAAAGAGAGGCCAGUGUAUUACUAAGUAACAUUGUAUUCUUCCUGAACUAUACAGACAUUCUGAGAACCAGCUUUGACCUCUAUAUGCACACUGAACUUGGCCGUCCAUCUCUUAGCACCUACUUUUUAGUUCAGCUAAAUAUUAAAUUAUUUUUAGUAGUUAAGAAGUGAAUGUUCCAGGUGGGUAAUCAGUGCAGUUUUGUACAGCAUUGUGAUACUUGGAUCUCAUAAGAGCAGAAGCUGUACAGAAGUGAUCAUCAGAUUGGACUCAGUAGCAUUUUAUUUGUCUAUUAACUAAGACUCACUUGAAUACUGAAUCUUCUCAGACAUUUAUUCUCUGGUAAUAUUUUUGUACUAAUUGAAGUCUUUAAUGUUUCAGUUAAUGGAGAGCUGAUUAGAAUGGCAGGAAAAUCCAGGAUCUUCCUAUUUGUAUUUACUGUACAGGAAAGCAGUAGUUCAUUAAGCUUGCUAACAAGGCAUUUUUAAGUUUUAUUAUGUUUACAGAAGUAAUGUGAAAAAAACAACAACCUGUAAUAGAAAUACUAAUGUAUACAUUGUUAAAUUUUGCUAAAGGAGAUGGAUCAGUUUUAUAACUGCCAAACAUCUUUCAUGUGGAGAGCAGAAGGGUAUUGGGGCUAAACCGGUUUAAUUUUUCUAACACUUUAUUUUGGACAAAUGUUUUUUAAGAACACCAAAUGAUGCACGUUUUCAUAUUUUGUACUGUUCUUUAGAAUUGGCUAUUUAAUAAAGUAAUACAGAGUCAUUCACAUUGCUGAAUUAACUUUUGACAGGAUUUCCUUUGGUUACUGGAGUUGAAAAUCAACUGGAGUGUGGAAGUAUUACUAUGAUGGGAGCAAUACUCUCUUAAAGGUGUAAGCAAUACAAUUUGUGUUAAACCUGUAAUAAAGGCAUUGGUCACAAA